UUAAACAUUGUCCUACACUACUGCAUCACUCCAUUCCAUCCCUCGCAUCCCCAGCUCUGUUUUUUCACUUUGAUUGCCCAACUCUUCAUUUCCACUUGUUAACACAAGAACACACACAUACCGCUUAAUUUGAUUCCACCAAAUUUAGCCAAAAAGUUCAGUUUCUAGGAUUGAAUUCCAAAACCUUCCAGAGCGAAAAUGGUUGCUUCUUCAUCUUCGAAAACAGAUGCAGCAAACUACGACCGAGCAAGUGAACUGAAGGCUUUCGACGACACCAGAGCCGGCGUUAAAGGCCUUGUUGACGCCGGAGUCGCCGCUGUCCCUCCGAUAUUCAUUCAGCCACCAGAUGAUCAUCAUGACAAAACCCCAUCAAAACCCACCGAAAGCCCGUUCAUUUUUCCAGUCGUCGACCUUCAUGGAGGCGACGGAGAUCCAGUCAAGCGCAGGGAGGUGGUGGAGCAAAUCCGGGAAGCGUCCGAAACAUGGGGCUUCUUCCAACUGAUCAACCAUGGCGUCCCUGAGGCUGUGUUGGAGGAGAUGAUGAAUGGAGUCCACAGAUUCUAUGAGCAAGACACCGAGGUGAAGAAGCAGUGGUACACAAGGGAUUUAACAAAACCUUUUGUGUAUAACACCAACUUUGAUUUGUAUAGCGCGCCGACGGCUAACUGGAGGGACACUUUCUACUGUCCCAUGGCUCCCCAGUGUCCAGAUCCAAAGGACCUGCCUGAUAUCUGCAGAGAAAUUCUGAAGGAGUACCCGGAGCAAGUAAUGAAGCUAGGGAGAUAUUUGUUCAAGCUAUUAUCAGAGGCUCUUGGGCUCAAGCCAGACAAAUUGAUAGACAUGGGGUGUGCUGAGGGGCUUAGUGUUUUAUGCCACUACUACCCAGCUUGCCCGCAGCCAGAGCUAACCCUAGGCACCAGCAAGCAUGCUGACAAUGACUUCCUCACAGUGCUUCUGCAGGAUCACAUUGGAGGCCUCCAAGUUCUUCAUCAGAACCAGUGGAUUGAUGUUCCUCCCACCCCUGGAGCUCUUGUGGUCAAUAUAGGAGAUCUUCUGCAGCUGAUAUCAAAUGACAAGUUUAUAAGCGUUGAGCACAGAGUAUUGGCAAACAAAGUUGGUCCACGAGUUUCAGUGGCAUGCUUCUUCAGCACAGACUUUCUGCCAUACACGAAGCUUUAUGGGCCCAUCAAAGAGCUGCUAUCAGAAGACAAUCCUCCAAAGUACAAGGAAACUACUGUGAGAGAUUACGUACUUAACUUCUGUGCCAAAGGCCUUGAUGGGACCUCUGCCCUCUCUCAUUUAAGGCUCUGAACCACUUGCCAUCUGAUGAUCGAAACCUCCAAUUGCCCUUAAACUAAAACAAGUAACGCAUUUGAUCGUGGAUUAACUAAUUGCUCUUAAUCAAUUGCGUGGGCGAUUGAUGAUGACUACAUAUAAAGAUGGUAUCUGAUACACGUUACAUCCUAUGUAAACAUGAAUAAAGACUCAAUUCCCUUCACCUAUAUGUAGCACUUGCUUCAAUAGACUAAAUAAAGAGUACCUCUCAAAAGUUUAGCUUGGCAGUUAUUGGUGGUUUA